CAUGCGCUUCGAUUAGGGUUUUUUUCUGCGUGUUUGGUUUUUUUUACGCGUUUUCUUCUCGCGAUUUGCUCGAGAAUUGAAAUCACUUGCGUUCUGGAAGAUCCAUGUGAUCCGAGUCGUAAUUCGCGCUCGUUUCCCGAGGAGUUGCUUCUCCAAACGUUGUCGUUUUCCCGUUGGUGUGUAACUUUAGAAACUGGGGAAAAUAGUUAGAUCGUGGUCGCUCUGGUCGCCGGAACUGCUGCAGUUUUGAUUCUCCGGUGACUAGGGAACACUUGGCUGACAAGGGCGAAAAAGGGGACCUGAUACAGCUUUUGCGUCAUAGCAUCAUGAAUAUGCCACUUUUGGAGAUUCAACCACGGACGUUGAAGUUUGUUGUUGAAUUGAAGAAGCAGAGUUCUUGUGCAGUUCAACUUAUCAAUACAACCCAUCACUAUGUUGCUUUCAAGGUCAAAACCACAUCCCCGAAGAAGUAUUGCGUCCGACCAAAUGUUGGCACUGUUGCACCAAAUUCAUCCUGUGAAUUCACUGUCAUUAUGCAAGCAUUUAAAGAACCACCUCUGGAUAUGGUUUGCAAAGAUAAGUUCUUAAUCCAGAGUACUAUUGUGCCUGCGGGGACGACUGAUGAAGACAUCACAGCUAGCAUGUUUUCCAAAGAGGAAGGCAAGCACAUAGAGGAAAACAAACUCAGAGUCACACUUGUUUCGGCCUCUGACUCACCUGAAUUAUCUCCAAUUAAUGGAACAUUGAAGCAGGGGCCAAUAUUUGAAGACUCAAUCCUCAAGGAUCGAGUAUAUAGUCAACCCGAGACCCUUGCUCCGCCACAAUAUGACGGUGAGAUUAUUAAGGAGCCUUGGAUGGUUAGACAUGAAGAGAGAAAACCAAAUAAGAUUGCUGAUGACAUCAAGGAGUUUAAGCCGCCAAAGAAGAGUUCUGUGAGUUUUAUGGACGAUUUGGGUCUUGCUAAUGACAUCAAACCAGUUAGGAGUGGUUACGAGGCAUCGAAGUUACCAAAUGAAAAUGACUUUGACCCGUUAGCGUCCCACGAGGAUGCGAAUUUCAGAAAGGAUAUUAAGCCAAGAAUUAAUGUUGAUUUUCCGACAAAUCCUGUGGGUCCACCUGAGGAUUUGAGGAGUGCUAGAGAAAUAAAUGCUGCUACAAGUGUUGGUGCGCCUGAUGAUAUGAAGAUAACAAAGGAGAGAGAAUUUGCUCAACCAAAGAACACAGAGACUGAACAUAUCAAAUCCAUAGAUGAGCUUAAGUUGAUUCGAGACAUCGAGGAAAUGAAGCUGAAGGUCAAUUCCCUUGAAUCCAAGCUAAAGCAGGCCGACGCAACCAUCUCAAAGCUUCUUGAGGAGCGAAGUCUUAGCUCUCAACAGAGACAGAGCUUGCAACAAGAACUGGCGGAGCUAAGAACGAAGAAGGUGAUCAAACAAGUGCAUGUCGGGUUUCCGCUCCUGUUCGUAUGUGCCGUGGCGUUCAUCAGCAUCGUUGUCGGGUAUCGUCUACACCCAUAACAGCCCCUCCUCUCUCGCACUCGCACUGAAACUUAUUUGGACUCAAUUUGGUAUGUCUUUAGGAAUAUUGGGUAAAGUAGACUCUUUUUUCUUUUACCUUCAUAUUGAAUAUAGAACAGAGAAGAAAAUAUUCGGUAAACUAUUUUAUACAGAGUGUUAUAAUUCAUUCAAGGUCCCCCUUUUUCUUCUUC